GGCGCCGGCACCGACCCGGCCCCCUGUCUCAUCGCCGGCUACCUCUUGUUGCCUUUGCCCGACCGGGAGAACGUGUCCCGGGCGCUCGACAUCAACACCGGCCGGGAGCUGCGCUGCAAGGUCUUCCCUCUCAGACACUACCAGGACAAAAUCCGGCCUUACAUCCAGCUUCCGUCCCACAGAAACAUCACUGGGAUUGUAGAAGUGAUUCUGGGAGAGACCAAGGCCUACGUCUUCUUUGACAAGGACUUUGGCGAUAUGCAUUCCUACGUGAGGAGCUGCAAGCGUCUGCCGGAACAGGAGGCGGCCCGGCUCUUCAAGCAGAUCGUUUCAGCCGUUGCUCAUUGCCACCAGUCGGCUAUCGUACUGGGGGAUCUUAAACUCAGGAAGUUUGUGUUUUCUAAUGAAGAAAGGACACAGCUGAGGCUAGAAAGCUUGGAAGAUACUCAUAUCAUCAAAGGAGAGGAUGAUGCAUUGUCGGACAAGCAUGGCUGCCCAGCUUACGUCAGCCCAGAAAUCCUAAACACCACAGGGACUUAUUCUGGAAAGUCAGCAGACGUUUGGAGCUUAGGCGUCAUGCUGUACACUCUCCUUGUCGGGCGCUACCCUUUCCAUGACUCAAACCCUACGGCCCUCUUUUCUAAAAUCCGACGCGGACAGUUCUGUAUCCCCGACCAUGUCUCUCCCAAAGCCCGGUGCCUCAUCCGUAGCCUGCUCCGACGAGAACCCUCCGAAAGACUAGCUGCUCCAGAAAUUUUGCUCCAUCCCUGGUUUGAUGCGGUUUUGGAAUGUGGAUACCCCGACCAAGACACAAGAGCUUUUGAUCAGGUGGUUCCAGAGAAGUUGGGAGAGGAUGACGACAUCAGCUCCUUCUUUUGCUAGCUCUGAUACUUUUUGGCCUUGGGACAAGAGAUUACACACUUGCACACAUUCUUUAAGUUUUUCUGUUUGGUAUUCAUUUUCUGUGUUGUGAAUGCAUAGCGUUCCAGAAUCCUGCAGUGCUUACGACAGGGACAGUGAUCAUAAGCACGGUUAAUUCAUGAGUAGAUUCCCAUCUGUCUCUCCCAUCUCCAAGGAGAAUUGCCAAACCCUCACUCCCACCUCCACAUUGCAGUUUGUAGGCUGCUUAAAUCCAAGGAAUUUCCCCUUAAACUUCAGGGGAGCGCUCUAGGACAGCUAUCUGGAGCUAAUGGCUCUGGCUGUUUCUCUUUAAAUCUGCAACACCUGAACUGUAAUUUUAAAAAAAAAGGGGGGGGGAGAGAAGGUGCCUACUUGAGGACUCCAGUAGAUCAGAAAAACUGAUCUGGAAUAAGCAAUCUGAGGACUACAACCUAAAUGGAUUUCCUUUUCUUCAGCAAAACAACUUGGAGUUUCUUGGCUCUGUGUUGUGUACAUUAUGAUCCGCGUGGUCUUGUUGUGCUCUCCAGUUUAUGCUGUUAGAGCCAGCUUCAAAGGAGCCAGCUGGAUUCUCCUGUCUCUGUCAUACACCAUAAAAGUGACAGGACCCUGGGCUGGCCUUUGGUUACCGAAUCUGCUUGUGAGUGAUGUAAGAAGGGGGAGAAUGACAGGCAGAGCUCUACCAAUGGUAGGUGGGGCAUGCGACAUUUGCAGCGUAGAAAUUAACAGGACAGACCCAGUGCUCAAUAGCUUAAUCUUCUCUGUCUCUUCUGGUCCCACAGCUCAAGUCAAGCAUUUUCAGGCACAGGUUUCCAAGAAAAAGAUGGUGUCUUUUUCUUGCGUCUUAAGUGAGAUACAAGAGGAGGAGGCACUGUGUGCGCAUGGAAAGUUGGAGAGCCAGUCCCUGCUAUUCCUGGUGCAAAUUAUCCUGGGUAGCACAUCGCUCCCCCUGGAGACCUGCUGGGCAAGGUGGACCAAUCAUCUUAAUUCAUAUUGCAGGAGCAUGGUCUGUUCGGUGCUAGAAGCAAAUCUCUCUAGGUGCAGGUUUACAGCUCCUGUCUUGCUUUGGUGCAGAACGUUGCCUAAACCUUUGAGCAUUACCUUUUGAUCAGAGCUUGGAAAAGUUUAAGUUGUUUGGAUGAUAGCUGCCAGGAUUCCCUCGGUGAGGGUGGCCGUCCACCUUGCUGACUGGGGUAUUCUAGGAAUCGCUGUUCAAAUUUUCCCCCAAGCUCUGUUUUCAAAGUAUGACUUUUAGAUAUAGCUCCUCUCUGGCAAGUGAUCCAACCACCUUGUUUCCUGGACAUGCCCAGCUCUCUUGCAUCCAUGGAGUGGUGUGCUAUUUCUUGGACAUUCACAUAGUGUAUCUGAAUACCAAAACACAUCAGCCCCGGGGUGUGGCUGCUUAACGGGAGAGGCAAAGAUAAGCCCUAUCUUGUUACAUACAUUGAAAUGGGGUUGGCUUUCUUUGUAUGGGUUUUGCGCUUUUAAGUCCUUGACAUCACUCUUUUGAAAAGCCUCAGAAAGGGUAGUGUAUUUUUUGUUUGUUUGGGGAAAACAGGAUUCAGCAGCAUGCCCGCUGCCCUAUUUAGGUUUAAGCCAAAAGAAUGUUGCCAGCGUUUUCCUUUUUCUGCAUCAACAGCUAGCCCGUUUGAUAAAUCGCAAAACAAUGCCCACAUGUUCCUCUUGGCUGUUCCAGUGUCAUCUGCUGCUGGACAUUUUCUCCCCACCCACCCCCCUUUUAUAUUUUCCUACAUCUAUCUGGGCUGGGUUGAACUCUCUUGUUUCAAAUUUACACCGGGUACUUUGUACAUCUGAAUUAAGCAUAAGCUUUCUGGAUGUGCUAAUGAACUUCUUUCUCGUGGAUAGGACUGCUCCAGAUUGCAGGGGUUGUGGGGAGAAAGGAAAGAAAUUACUUUCUUGAAUAAUGGCUCCUAUGAUAUCUCAUGGCCAGGAGAUUUUGGAACUGCUAUAAGGCAAAGUCUCCCAACGCUGUUCAUUAAAUAAGCACUUGCCUCUGUUGAGUUUAGAAUUCAUCUAGGCUACCGGAACGAAGCACUUGGUAAUUGGAAGAUAGUGGCUAUUCCUCCUCUCACACACCCCUUUCUGAUCAUACGUUUAUGUGCCACAGAUCAACGUAGGUGUAUGAUAGGCUGGCAACAGGUCUUGCUGGCAAGUAUUUUGUGGGCUUGCUCACAAAGCUGAAUUUGGGUGUCAAAGAAAGCCCCAGUUUAUUGUAUUCUCGAAGGCUUUCACAGCCGGGAUCUGAUGGUUGUUGUGGGUUUUUUGGGCUCUGAAAAACCCACAACAACCAUCAAAGCCCCAGUUCUUCUAAAAAGCACUUGUAUACCAUUUGAAAAAGUACUUUGGUCAGGAAGGUGGGCGUGCCCCAUCGCCCUCAGAUAGCAGGGUCUUGCUGUUGCAAAGAACGUUGGGAAGGGUAUUUCUGCUAAGCUGUCGGAUAUGCUAAGGAACCUUCUGGAACCUCAUGGCCCAGAACUCCUUGUAGGAGAAAGCUCAUUCAAUGCAAUUCAUUUAUACCUGUUUCAACCUGGUCUUAAAUUUCGGACCAUUUUAAGGCUUAUCUCUAUCAAAAGGGUGGCGCUGCUGUACUCUUGAGAGUGCUUCAUAUGCCUCACAUGCUGCGCAACGUCCCUUGUGAUGUCUUGCCAUUUGAGGUUAUUUUAUUUUUUUAAAAUGGCCGCCGUGUGUGUCUCUCUCAUAAUAACCCAAUGCGUCAAAGAGUCGUUUAAUGUGAAUUAUGGCUGGCAAUACUAACUUGAUACAAUCACGAAUUAGAGGUGAAACUUUAUUUUUUUUGACCUUGAUUGCACAAAAGCUCUCAUGAUUGCUUUAAUAUAUUUGUAUCUGUGAUACAGUAUUUUUUUUUUAAAGACCUGCCUAUGAAUCUGUAUAUAUUGGUAGGUGGAAAACUGAUAACACUAUGUUGGACAUUUGUUAAUAUGUACAUAUUUGACAGUGGACAUGAUGAAGGUGUAAAAUUCCUGUACAAAAGGUUUAAUAAAUCUGGUUUCAUAACAAAGGA